UAUGCAAUUUUAUGGUGGGGAGUUUGAUGUACUCAUUACAACAUUUAACAACAAUUCAACAUUCUAAUAUUUAUAAAAAACUUGAUAAUAAAUAAAUAAAUAAAUAAUGACUAGUCGAUUGUUGGGACGUUUGUCCCAACUAAAUAUUAUUAAUUGUAGAACAAUUUAUACAACAAAUAAUUUAUCAGCAUUUCAUGAAAUUGAUAAAAAAUCAUCAUAUCCUCGUAUAUCAGAUUAUCAAGAAGAAAAAAAAACAAUAUUACAACGUAUGAAACUUGGCUAUUCACAAUUAAAACAAGAAAUGUCAUUGUUCCAAGAAGAAUUAAUAGAUAAAUUUUAUAUGGAUCCAAUAUCAGCAUUUAGACAAGGUGAAGUUGAUGUUAAAUGGAAAUUUAAUGGUGAUCCAGAAUUAUUAAAAAAAUGGGUUGUAACAUGUGACAGUGAUUACAAUGAAGGUUUUUCAAAAGCAACAUUUGAGUAUACACCUCAAGGAAGUGCAUUAUUCUCAGGAAUACUUGAUACAAGAUUGCCAAGAGAUGGUAAACAAAAAGGUGCUGGUUAUUGUAAUAUUCGUUCAACUUUACCAAGAAAAGCAUUUGGUAGAGCUGAACCAAUGGACUGGGGAAUGUAUACACAUUUGAUAAUGCGAAUUCGUGGUGAUGGACGUAAUUACAUGUUAAAUUUAACACUUGAUAAUUAUUAUGAUGUUACAUGGAAUGACAUACAUGGAUUUGUUCUUUAUACAAGAGGUGGACCAUAUUGGCAAUAUGUUAAAAUACCAUUUUCAAAAUUUUUCUUAUCAAAUAGAGGUAGAAUUCAAGAUUCACAAGCUCCAAUUAGAUUAAAUAUGAUUAAUCAUGUUGGUGUAACAUGUGGUGAUGAUAUAUGUGGUCCAUUUAGUCUUGAAAUUGAUUAUAUUGGUCUUGAACGUGAUCAAAGAUUCAUGGAAGAAUUUGCAUAUGAAAUGUAUAGACCACCAAAUCCUUAUUAUAUUUAAAUGUAAACUAAAUUAAAAAUUAUGUAAAUAAACAAAUGCAAAAUAUA